AUGACUAAUUUGCAGCUGAUUAAAAAUAAAACUGAUGCAUAGAUUGGAGUAUAGUAGUUUAAUUUUAUAUAAAUGGAAAAAUUGAAUAAUUGAUAAAUAUAAAAUCACUCAACUAAAAUAGAGAAGCUCUUUAAGUUUUAGAAUACUUAAACAAGAUAUUGCUAAUUAUAUCAUAAAUAGUUAUUCAUUUAAAUUAGUUCAAGAGAAAGUUACAUGUGUUGCUGAAAAACUUAAAGUAUAUAGCAAUCUUUUUAAAGAAAUUGACGUUAAAAUAUUGUUGUCUUUGGCUUAAUCCGAAUAAGUAGAAGAGAGUAAACAGAGGAGUUACAUUGUCUGGAAUUCUUGAAUCGCUAGAAGUAAAGGAAAUUUAAUCUUCAUGGGAAUUGACUGAUGGGUUUCAUUUAAAUAAGGCUAAAGUCAAAUUCUUACAAGUUGAAAAUGAAAGAAAACAAAUAUAUGCUGACACUUUGGCAACUGUAAUAAUUAAAUUUCAAUUGAUUAAUAAAUUAAAGAAGUCUUGUCUUAAUAAAGAAAAUCAAAGAUCAUUCUCAAAAUGCUCUUGAAUAAACUUAAGCAGACUUAGAAGACAAGAGAGCUAAUUACUCUGAAGUUAAAUCAAAUAGAGAUGAUGAAAAUGCCAUAAUAGAAUAUGUUAUCAUCGUUCAAGAGAUAAGUUGCUUUUUGGUCUGGAAGUUGAUUUCUAUAACUAAUAAAGUUAUUAGUAAAAAAACAGCAUUUUGGGGUUUUAAAAUAAUCUUCUUAUUUAUUUAUUAAUGUAUUCGAAUUAAAUAGGAAGAGUUGAGAUAAAUUUGA